AUGUCGCACAACCAAGCUGAAAUCUACACAUACGACUUCUGUGACGGUGACCACGCAGCGGAGCUCCUGGAUGCUCUCAGGCGUUUCUACGUUAGUGGCCUGUUUACCGACGUGACUCUACAAUGUGGCGAGUCCGGACAGGUGUUCCACUGCCACAAGGCGCUGCUGUCAGCCCGCAGCUCCUAUUUCAAAGUCAUGUUCACGGCUGAUAUGCGGGAGAGGUCCAACAGCGUCAUCAAGCUGAGCGGGGUCGACUGCGGGGUCCUGGGUGCUCUGGUGAAUUACGUGUACACGGCUCAGGUGUGCAUCACCGAGAGCAACGUGCAGAGCCUGCUGGAGGCUGCGGACCUGCUGCAGUUUGUGUCUGUGAAGCGGGCGUGUGAGGAGUUCCUCGUCCGCCUCCUGGAUGUGGACAACUGCCUGGGGAUGCACGCCUUCGCUCAGCUGCACCUGUGUCCCGGCCUGGAGAGGGAGGCCCGCAGAGUGAUGCUGAGCAGGUUCAAGGAGCUCGUACAGCAGGAGGAGUUCCUGGAGCUGGAUCGUGAGAAGAUGGGAUCCCUUUUGGCCGCUCAGAACCGCACUGUGCAGAAGGAUGAAGUGCUGAUGGACGCCGUGGCCAAAUGGGUAACGCAUGACUUGGAUAAUCGCGUUCUCCACGCCGCAGACCUGCUGCACUCAAUCCAUCUGGAACUAGAUGAGAUUUACUUCAAGGCUACUUUAGAGGCACGCAGACAAUGCCUGCUGAACAGUGAAGGGAAAUUCAAAUCUUUGAUCAUUCAGGCUCUAAGGUCCAAUGGCAAGGAGACUUCUGCAAGCAGAAAAAUGUCUUCCAGCAUGUAUGUCAUUGGUGGAUACUACUGGCACCCUCUUUGUGAGGUUCACAUAUGGGAUCCUGUCAGCAACACCUGGGUGCAAGGAAAAGACAUGCCUGACCAUGCAAGAGAGAGCUACAGCGUUAGUCUACUUGGGACAAAUAUCUAUGUGACUGGUGGUUACAGGACAAACACUGUGGAGGCUCUGGACACAGUCUCAGUCUAUAACUGUGACUAUGAUGAAUGGACCGAGGGUUGUCCCAUGAUCACAGCUAGAUACUACCAUUGCUCUGUGGCUUUGCACGGCUGUAUUUAUGCCAUCGGGGGCUACAGAGGAGGGGCUCCAGAGCAAGAGACAGAAUUUUAUGAUCCUUUGAAAAAGAAAUGGUUCCCUGUGGCCAAAAUGAUUCAAGGUGUAGGAAAUGCCACUGCCUGUGUAAUGGGAGAUAAAAUCUAUGUGAGCGGAGGUCACUAUGGGUACAGAGGGAACUGCACCUAUGAGAAAAUCCAAGUCUACAGGCCAGAUGUCAAUGAGUGGAGUAUCACUACAAUAACUCCCCAUCCAGAGUACGGGCUGUGCUCUGUGUCUCUGGACAACAUGCUGUAUUUGGUGGGUGGACAGACGACUAUCGCAGACUGCUACAACACAGAGAGAGACGAAUGGAGGCCGAUAUCUGUGAUGAAGGAGAGGAGGAUGGAGUGUGGGGCUGUCGUAAUAAAUGGUUGUAUCUACGUUACAGGAGGAUACUCCUACUCGAAAGGGACUUAUCUGCAGAGCAUUGAGAAAUACGACCCGGAGCUGGACUCUUGGGAGAUUGUGGGGACUCUGCCCAGCCCGGCCAGAUCACAGGGAUGUGUUUGUGUUUUCAGUGUUUAG